CGGCUCGGUGAGCGGAGCUCAGUCCGCGCCGGGGUCCUGGGUCCUGGGUCCUGGGUCCUCCUCUGCCAUGGCCUCCAAACAAGCCAAAAAGAGAGAGGUGCAUCGUAUCAAUUCGGCGCACGGAUCGGAAAAAUCUAAAGAUCAGUACCUUUUUGGCAGUAACGUGCAAGCUGGUUCCGCCGAGCAGAAGAAGGGGAAGUUCCCAAUCUGGCCAGAAUGGAGUGAAGCCGACAUAAAUGCAGAAAAGUGGGAUGCAGGCAAAGGUGGAAAGGACAAGGAUAAAAUGGGAAAAAGCCCUGUAUUUCAUUUUUUUGAAGACCCUGAAGGAAAGAUUGAAUUGCCACCCUCGUUGAAAAUUUAUUCCUGGAAGCGUCCACAGGAUUUUUUAACGAAUAGGGCUCCAGUAGUUGUGAAAAAUGAAAUCCUGUUUGACUUGUUUUCAGCAAAUGAACAUUUACUCUGCAGUGAGCUGAUGAGAUGGAUUAUCAGUGAAAUCUAUGCCGUGUGGAAGAUAUUCAAUGGAGGUAUUUUGAACAAUUAUCUUAAAGGGACUACCGGGGAGCCUCCUCUUCUUCCCUGGAAGCCCUGGGAACACAUCUACUCUCUGUGCAAGGCUGUGAAAGGCCACAUGCCUUUAUUCAAUAGCUAUGGAAAGUAUGUUGUGAAACUUUACUGGAUGGGUUGCUGGAGAAAGAUAACUAUUGAUGACUUUCUUCCUUUUGAUGAAGACAACAAUCUAUUGCUUCCAGCCACAACCUAUGACUUUGAACUCUGGCCAAUGCUUUUGUGUAAAGCUAUCAUUAAGCUGGCAAAUGUUGACAUCCACGUAGCAGAGAUGAGAGAAUUAGGGGAGUUCACAGUUAUUCAUGCCCUUACAGGAUGGUUACCAGAAGUGAUUCCUUUCCACCCAGGAUAUAUGGACAAAGUUUGGGAGCUCUUGAAGGAAAUAUUGCCUGAAUUUAAGCUGUCAGAUGAAUCCAGCUCUGAAAGCAAAAUAACUAUUGUAGAAAGCAAAUUAAAAGUGGCAGGGAAAGAAGUGAAGGAUGGCAAAGAAAUGAAAGAUGGCAAAGAAUUCAAACCUGAAGUUUCAGCGACAGCAUUAAAGUCACCUGAGAAAAGUGACAAAGCUCCAAAGGAAAAGGCAGAUACAAAAGACCUUGGGAAGAAGAAGAGUAAAAAUGGAGACAAAGAAAAGGAAAAGGAAAAAUUCAAAUGGUCCCUUCAUGGUUCAAGACCCUCUUCAGAAGUACAAUACUCUCUGCAGUCUCUAUCAGAUUGUUCUUCAGCAACACAGCCUCCUCACAUGGUUGUAUAUGCUACCUUUACGCCCCUCUAUUUGUUUGAAAGGAAGGUCUUUUCAUUAGAAAAAUUGGCUAAUUCUGCGGAGAAGCUGAGAGAAUAUGGUCUUUCCCACAUCUGUAGCCAUCCUGUGCUGGUGACUAGAACUAGGUCGUGCCCUCUCAUAGCACCUCCAAAACCACCUCCUGUGCCUGCCUGGAAACUCUUCCGUCAAAAAAAGGAAACUGUUAUAACAGAUGAAGCUCAAGAAACAAUAAUAAAGAAGCCUGAAAAGUUUCUUGAAAUUUCAAGUCCGUUUUUGAAUUAUAGGAUGACUCCACUUGCAAUUCCAACAGAAACUCACUUUGUACAAUCGUUUAUCAAGAAAGGGGUACCUCCAGGAUCUGGCUUACCUCCCCUUACUGAAAAUGAUGAAACCAUCUUCUUUAGCCAGCCAGACAUAAGUCAAUUGACAGGAGCAGUAUCUCAGGGCAAUAUUAUUUCACAAGCUAUACCUGGAAAAGAAGAACUAACAGAAGUUGGAUUGAAUGACACAGCUCAUCAAGGUGAAGGACUUAGUUUGGAAAAAGAUUUAGUCAGCCAGACAACAGCAACACAGGAAAAAUCACAGGAGGAGCUUGCAACAAUAAAUAAUAAUGUUACUAAAGAAAUAUGGUUAAAUUUUGAAGACUUCUGUGUAUGCUUUCAGAAUAUAUGUAUUUUUCACAAACCAAGUUCAUAUUGCUUUAACUUUCAAAAAACAGAAUUCAAGUUCUCAGAUGAGCGUGUGUCCUACUAUCUAUUUGUGGAUAGUCUGAAACCUAUUGAACUGCUGGUUUGCUUUUCUGCCUUGGUACGAUGGGGAGAAUCAGGAGCUUUGACAAAAGACAGCCCUCACGUAGGGCCUGGACUGCUUACAGUGGAAUCCCUUGCUUGGAAAUCUCUGAAGCCACGAGAUCUUCUUAUGAAGAUUCAUACAUAUGCUACGAAGGCUACAGUGGUCCGGCUGCCUGUUGGGAGACACAUGCUGCUCUUCACUGCAUACUCCCCCGUAGGGCAUUCCAUACAUGUCUGCAGCAUGGUGACUUUUGUCAUUGGGGAUGAAGAUAUCGUGCUACCCAACUUUGAGCCGGAGAGCUACCGAUUCACAGAGCAGGCUCUAACAAUUUUUAAAGCUGUUGGAAAUGUUAUUGCUAGUUUCAGAGAUAAGACUAAACUUUCUGCGGCUCUGAAGGAUUUACAGACAGCUCACUACCCUAUUCCCCUCCACAAUAAAGAACUAACUGCACAGCACUUCAGGGUUUUUCAUAUUUCUUUAUGGCGCUUAAUGAAAAAAACUCAAGUAGCAAAACUUCCUCCCAACUUUAAAUUUGCCUUCCGUGCUUUGGUUCUGGAUUUAGAGUUACUCGAUUCCUCCUUAGAAGACGCUUCUUUAGAAUGGUUAGACGUGAAAUACAGUGUACCGGUAAGUGAUAAAGAAUAUUCUCCUGAGGAAGUAGCAGCAGCAAUUAAAAUCCAAGCCAUGUGGAGAGGAACUUAUGUCAGAUUACUUAUGAAAGCUAGAACACCAGGCACAAAGGAAAAUACCAGUGUUGCAGAUAUUCUUCAAAAAGUUUGGGCUAUACUGGAACCUAAUACAGAACAGUAUGCAGUUUCUCUCUUAAGACUAAUGUUUAAAAGCAAGUGCAAGUCUGUUGAAUCUUAUCCAUGCUAUCAAGAUGAAGAAACUAAAGUUGUUUUUGCUGACUAUACUGUGACUUAUGCAGACCAGCCACCAAAUAGUUGGUUUAUAGUAUUCAGAGAAACAUUUUUGGUUCCUCAAGACAUGAUUUUGCUUCCCAAAGUAUAUACCACGCUUCCAGUCUGCAUGCUGCAUAUUGUUAAUAAUGACACAAUGGAACAAGUGCCAAAGGUGUUCCAAAAAGUGGUGCCUUAUCAUUAUACCAAGAAUAAGAAAGGCUACACAUUCGUGGCUGAAGCAUUUACUGGUGACACAUACGUAUUGUCCUCACGAUGGAAACUACGCCUCAUUGGCUCUUAUACUCCACUCCCAUGCCUAUCUCGAGACUCCCCAUCCAAUAGCUUCACCAUAAAGGAAAUCAGAGAUUACUACAUACCCAAUGAUAAGAAAAUUUUAUUCAGGUAUUCAGUUAAAGUUGCUUCACCACAUCCUGUUACAGUGCAGGUACGCACGUCUAAAUCAGAUACUUUCAUCAAGCUACAGAUCUUAGAAAAUGAAGAAACUAUUGUCAGCUCUACUGGGAAAGGCCAAGCUAUAAUCCCAGCAAUUAACUUCUUGGGGAGUGAAAAAACUGUGAGCUCCCAAUCUAGCAAGCAAAUUCUCACAAUGCAUACUUCACCCAAGAAGGAGCAAGAAUUGUACAUUAAGAAGAAAUCUGCCCUAGGAAGUCAGAAAUCCUAUAGGGGUAGACCUGCAAGUGCAAUGGUAGACUCUGGUCAGCCUAUUUUGGAUGAGGAAACUACCAGUGUGCCCACCAUAGAAGAAAAUGCUAGCAUGCCACAGCAGGUUAACAAGUACAUUAUACAGUGUUUGGUGUUGUAUAACAGUUGGCCUCUCACUGAAAGUCAGCUGACAUUUGUUCAAGCACUAAAAGAAAUGGAGAAAAAUGAUAGCAAAGCUCAUGGAGAGAAACAUGAGGAAUUAAUUACCUUAGGAAGCCCAGACUCCCAUACUAUUAGUGAAGGGCAAAAAUCUUCAGGAACUUCCAAAACAAGAAAAGGCAAAGACAGGUCUUCUGAGAAAGACAAGAUUGCCAAAGAAAAACAAUCACCUCGCUUCGAGCCUCAGAUGUCCACUGUUCAUUCUCAACAAGAAGACCCAAAUAAACCCUUCUGGAUCUUGAGGUUGGUCACUGAGCACAAUGAAGCAGAUGGUUUUGAAGUGAAAAAAGAUACCGAACGAGCAGAUGAAAUCCGAGCCAUGAAGCAAGCCUGGGAAAUGACUGAGCCUGGAAGGGCCAUCAAGGCUUCCCAGGCUCGCCUGCAUUACCUCAGCCAGUUCAUUAAGAAAAUUCCGGAAGCUGAGAGUGUGCCUGUGUCUGAAAGCAAAACUAAAGCACCGGAGGAAGUUGAAACAUCUGCAAGUGCCAUAAAAGAGCCAGAUACAAAGGGUUCCGUGAGUUCAGAGAGCAAAGAUCUCCUGCCGUUGGGGAAUAUACUGUGGAGGAAGUGGCAGAUGACCAAGAGCUUGAGGGACUUGUCAAAAUCGGUGAUCGGCGAAAGGGGAGGGACGUCUUCAGCAGGGAAGGAGGAACAGACGAUGCGGAAGGAAAAUAUCAGGCCUCGUUCACGAUCCCCAACAAUUUUGGAAAUGUCUCCACGACUUAUUCGAAAAGCGCUAGAAUGUGUAGACUUAACUCAAUACGUACGAAAAACAACAAACACUGAUCCUGUGCUACAAACAGAGGAACUGAACCAGCAGCAGGCAAUGCAAAAGGCAGAAGAGGUUCACCAGUUCCGACAGUACAGGACCAGAGUUCUCAGCAUUCGAGACAUUAACCAAGAGGAACUUCUUAAAAUAAAGGAUAAAAUCCUGGAGAUGUAUGGGGAAAUGCGGGACUCCUUAGAUGACGCCCGGCAGAAGAUCUUCGAUGUCCGGGAAGAGUAUAGACACAGGAUGCAGGAAGCUGAGAGGCUAAGAUUAGAAGCCCUGGCCGCAGAGGAAGCAGCAAGUCGGGCCGAGAUAGAAAAGAAGAUGCCGGUUCCUGAUACACAGAAAAAAAAGAAAGGAAAGAAGAAGUAGCCAGAAGAUGCCCAAAACUCACCUUCUUUUUCUGAAGAGGAAAACGCUUUAGUUACUAUUUUCUUUUUACUGAUCCAGAGCCUUCCAUGUUGAUGAGGUAUUAGGCCAAGAAAA